CUGAAAAGGGUUGGCUGUUGAUAUUUUUCAACGUUAAUGAGGCUAUGUAGUAUGUAUGAUUUGUUUCCAAAUAAAACAAACUUUCUGUUUAAAAGCAGGCAGUUGCCCGGAUGUUAAAGUGCACCGAGGCCUGACUCAUAUACUACACACGUGUAAAAACAUCUUAGCACGUUUAGGGCACGGUGUGUGUCUCGGUGAGCAAAAAUCAUGUUUGGCUCAUCGAGGUCUGGAGGGGUGAGAGGCGGUCAGGACCAAUUCAGCUGGGAUGAUGUUAAAGUGGACAAACACCGGGAAAAUUAUUUGGGAAAUUCCCUCAUGGCACCUGUUGGUCGCUGGCAGAAAGGGAAAGAUUUGUCAUGGUAUUCCAGAGAUAAAAAAGGUGGAACACCCUUGUCUAAAGAGCAAGAGAUGGCAGCGGUACGGGAGGCAGAACACGAGGCCAUGAUGGCAGCACUGGGCCACAAAACACUCAAACGACAACCAACUGGUCUUACCAAGGAGGAUCUAGCAGAUGUGUGCAGGAGAGAAGGUGAAGGAGAAGAGCGUGACGUGGACAGGGUCUCUGGGCUAGGCAGCUCCAGCAUUGGGCAAAAAGGGAUGCUGCUAUCCAAGCAAGAAAAGGAAGCUCAAAAAUUGGGUUUACCAGUUUUUACGCAUCACAAAGCUGCUGGACAGCAAGAAUCUACUAGUAAGAUGUCAGAUGAAACCAGACGUGAUGUAGAUAAGAGAUCUGAGAGCAGCAAGAAAAUCAAAAAGGAAAAGAAGAGUAAGAAAGAGAAAAAGAAAAAAGAGAAAAAGAAGCAUCACAGAAGGGAUUCUGACUCUGAAAUCGAUAGUAAAAGGCGGAGAAAAGAUCCCAGAGACCACCGCGGUCCUAAUCCAUCAAGAAGCAGUCAGAGUGGAGCCGGAGUCCGUGACAGCCAUUCAGGAGGGGGGCCAAAGGCCGCCCGCAGGACCCCGACCCCCACUCGCCAGCAUCGCCGCCAUCGGCACGACACGGACUCGUCCUCUGAUGGCCACUGUGCCGGACAAGGGUCCCCAGCACAAAGGCACCGGCGGCGCCACGACACCGACUCAGACGACUGAUGCCCUUGAGCCCCCUUUAAGGAUAUGAGCAGCCUCUCUGUGAAACUCAGGUCAACUCAGGCCACAAGGCCUGGCAGAGCACAGUUAUAAAUGCAGCACUCUGUGUUUUUGGGUAACAUCAACUUAAAUGUUGUGUAUUAGCUUGUAGUGUGAAUAGCAGUAUGAUUUUGCACAAUUUGACUGCAUUUCGCCUGGUUCCUAUAUACAGUAGCAAAACAUGUUGAAAUGUCUUUUACCCUAAAAUCAAAGAAUUCCCAAACGUUGCAUUAAUAGGAAUUCUUGCAAAAUGUAAUUCUAAAAUAGAUUUUGAUGUGAUGAUUUUUAUGAGCCGGUGAAACCGCAGGUUAUUCCAGACAGGACCACGGUUUUAUUAUUGUAUGUUAUGUAAAAUAAACUGUUUUGUUAUAAACACAUUGUACAUGGCCGGAUUUCACAUAGAGCUAGGCGACCUGGCCUGGCACGUCGCUGCGGCUACACUCAACACCUCUAAACUCCAGAUAUUGUUUUCUCAAUCUAUUUUGUCUUUAUUUUGAGCUCUGCUUCCUGACUGCUGGAAUGUGCUCCUGCCGCUAUAAUGGAGCCGAGUGUUUGCAUUUGCAAUGAGUUGCAGUGAAAGGUGGCAUUCUGUUGGUUGGUACCUGGGGCCGUGCGAGAAAAGAGCAAAGCGCAGACAAAAGACAAGUGCAAAAAUCCAGGCCCGGGGAUGGCUCGAGUGCCACACACAAACCCCAAGCCGCUGGAGCAGCAGGAGUGGGCUGAACAAAAGCCACCCUGUAAGAGAGCCAAAGAGAUGGAGCAGUGGAGAGCAGCACCCCUCCUUUUCCCACCAUCAUGCCUUCCCUACCAUGUGUUACUGGCUUGGCUGCAUUAUCCAUGGCAGCCUAAUCGGGCCAAAGGAACGUUGUCCUAGAUUGCUUUCCCUCCCCCUCAUUGGCCAGAUCGCCCCGGCGCCUGAUUUCAGCCUGCUGACCGCACAGGCCCGGCAGAUCCUAUUUGUCACUUAUUAAAGUGCUUCUGCUGAGAAGGCGUAGGAGGUGUUUGGAGAGCCAGAGGGCGUUUUGGUGGAGAUUAAUGACAGCAAGACACUAGAGAACACACUUACACCAGGCACACUUACAGUCAGCCCACCUCUCUCAGCUAAACGCACUGUCAUCUACCAGAGAGGCUUUCAGUUUGUCCAUGUUUAAUAUUGAAGUUCACUCAUCUGCACUCAAGAGUUGAAUUCUUUAUUUUACAUUAACCCAGGCUAAUGGUGUGCAUUAUUUUUAUAAAAUAGUUUAGAUAGCAAAAUUAAUUUAUAGAAAAGUGCACUUCGCCCGGAGUUGCGAACAAACUAGUUUUUUCUUAAAAUGUACAUGCUUAUGAAUUUCAUGAUAAAUGUGAACUAAAAAUAAUUUAUUUUCACUGUGAGAACUGAUGUUGCUUAGCGCUUUAUCUAUAACAUAGUUUAUAACAUGCAUGUAAACUUUAAAAUAAACCAGUUUUACAUUGUCAAGUAUGGGUG